GACCAAAAGGAAAACCAGGAGAAAGAGCAAACAAUACCUACCCCCCGGCAGAGGUGAGAGAGCCAGACAGGCGGCAAGAGCAAUGCAAUUCUCCAGCUCAGCCAGGGCAGCAGAUGAGAACUUUGACUAUUUGUUCAAGAUCAUCCUCAUCGGGGAUUCCAAUGUAGGGAAGACGUGUGUGGUGCAGCAUUUCACGUCCGGGGUCUACACAGAGGCGCAGCAGAACACCAUUGGGGUGGACUUCACUGUGCGUGCCCUGGAGAUCAACGGCAAGAAAGUGAAGAUGCAGGUGUGGGACACUGCAGGCCAGGAGCGCUUCCGGACCAUCACCCAAAGCUACUACCGCAGUGCCCACGCGGCCAUCAUUGCCUACGACCUCACCCGGCGGUCCACGUUCGAGUCUGUUCCUCACUGGAUUCACGAGAUAGAGAAAUACGGGGCGGCAAACUUGGUCAUCAUGCUGAUUGGGAACAAAUGUGACAUGUGGGAAAAACGGCACGUUCUGUUUGAGGAUGCCUGCACCCUGGCUGAGAAAUACGGCCUCCUGGCUGUCUUGGAGACAUCUGCCAAGGAGUCCAAGAACAUCGACGAGGUCUUCGUGCUGAUGGGGGAGUUGAUGGCCCGCCACAGCCUGCCCUUGUAUGGGGAGGGCACCCUGGGCAGCCUCCCCCUGGAGUCCAGUCCUGUCCUCACGGCCCCGGGGCCGAGGGAGAAGAGCCAGUGCACGUGUUGA